GGUGAUGUUAAGCAGGCAGCGCCAGCCAACACUACACGACCCAAAUAGGGGCGGAGUUUCCAAUGCAAUUAGGCUGAUACAAAUAUUGAUUAAACUUCCAAACGAACACAGAAUUUGAUGAAUUCCUCUUCUAGUAUUCAUUCUUUUUGAUCCAUCAUCAUAUCAUAAAAUGAUUCACCAAUGUAUUUCCAAGCUUCCAUUCUCUCCUUCCCCAUCUUUGCCCACCAGUAGAUCCAAUUCCACAAUCCGCUGUGAAUCGCCCGCCACCAGCAACGAAAUGGUUGUGAAAAGGGACCCACCUUACCCGGAUGGGGUGGGCUUGCAUACGGGCAGAGACCCGAAUGUCAAGAAGCCUGGGUGGCUGAGGCAGAGGGCACCACAGGGGGAGAAGUACGAGGAGGUGAAGGAAUCCCUGUCCAGGCUCAAACUCAACACUGUGUGUGAAGAAGCGCAGUGUCCAAACAUCGGGGAGUGCUGGAAUGGCGGUGGAGACGGGAUUGCUACAGCAACGAUUAUGCUGCUCGGGGACACUUGUACACGGGGAUGUCGAUUUUGUGCUGUCAAGACGAGUAGGAACCCGGCGCCUCCCGAUCCUAUGGAGCCUUACAACACUGCCAAGGCAAUUGCAAGUUGGGGUGUGGAUUAUAUUGUUCUAACCAGUGUUGACCGCGAUGAUUUACCAGAUGGUGGCAGUAGCCAUUUCGCUGAAACGGUCAAAGCCAUUUUUUUGAAUUUUUGUAAUUCAAAAUCUAUUUGAUGCAGUAGUCUCUUCAGUUGAAAAUGGUUAGGUACUGACCUGCCAUUUCCCUUUGAGUCAUUAAAAUCUUGGGUUCAGUUUCAUUGUUAUAAACAUCCACAUUUUGUCAGUGCUACUAUGCUAAGCUAAUUGAUUGCAUGAUACAGGUAUGAACAAAGUUUAUCUGUUCUGAAACAUGCAAAGCUCAGCAAGCAAGGGAUGAUAACAAAAUCAUCUAUUAUGUUGGGACUAGGUGAAACUGAUGAUGAGCUGAAGAAAGCCAUGGCUGAUUUGAGGGCCAGAGAUGUUGACAUUUUGACGCUUGGACAAUAUUUACAGCCAACUCCAUUGCAUCUUACUGUCAAAGAGUAUGUCACACCUGAAAAAUUUGCCUUCUGGAAAGAUUAUGGAGAGUCAAUCGGUUUCCGUUAUGUUGCAAGCGGACCCAUGGUUCGAUCCUCGUAUAGGGCUGGGGAACUUUUUGUCAAGACCAUGGUGAAAGAGAUGUCCAAGAACGCAUCUAAUGUAUCUGCAUAACUCUUAAAAAGAGGAAAUCCCUGCCUAAGCCUGAAACUAAAUGUAAGAAAGUAUCUUAGUCUCCAGCCCGUCCUUCGCUUCUUCCCUCCUAUUCUUCCUUUCUGGCUCUUUAGACAAAAGUUUCUGAACCAUCUGCUCAAGUACUCAUGAAUUCUCUUGGCAAAAUCUUGGCAUUCAAUCUCGAUCAUGGUUACCUGAUGCAACGAGAAGCUUAGCUUCAGUACACGAGCAGAUUGGGAGGCUACUUACAUAGUCUGGUGCUAACACCAAAUAUUUGGUGCUCCUAUAUGUUUGAGAUGAAAAUGAUUACUUAGUUUUGACGAUAUGAUUCCCUAUAUAUUUUUAAAUUUAUUUAUUACAAUUUUAAUGAAACCAAUUCUUUAUCUUUUUUCUCAUGUAAGAUCUUAGGUUUAUGCUUCAAAGCAAACAUGCUGUCCUCUAUGUUUAUGUGGACCAAUUACGGUUAUAUUUUUGUAAAACCUCAAUUAUAAUUUAAGAUUCUUCGUG